CUGGACACUUCCGGUUCACUUUCCAACACAGGUGCGCGUCCGUCACUGCAUAGUAACAACUGUCCGCUGGGAAAAGAUUCACUCGACUGUUCCUUCUUAAAAUCUUUUGUUCUACCCUUUCCUUCGGGCUUUUUGACUUACUUAAAAUAAAGUGAGUUGUAAGCGACAAGCCGAGGAAGACGAGGUGGGGGUCAAGGUGGAAAAUGGGCAAGAAAACGCAGACAAAUCCGGAAUCGGAGUUCGGUGAACCUGUCCAGUAUGACCCCUCCUUUAAUGGACCCAUAAGGAAGAGAGGGUGCACUGACAUAAUCUGCUGCGUUUUGUUUAUGUUGGUCAUCCUUGGCUACAUCGCAGUUGGGAUUUUAGCAUGGCUCUACGGAGAUCCCCGGCAAGUUCUCUUCCCAAAAAACUCAACCGGAUGGUUCUGUGGCACCGGACCAAACAUAAACCGACCCGCGCUAUUUUACUUUGACAUUCUCAAAUGUGCAACGGGAGUGAAUGUGAUGGCAGCAGCUCUCAACGGGUUGCAAUGUCCAACCACACAGAUAUGUGUGGAAAAGUGCCCGACUGAAUUCACCUUCGUGGGUCCGUUAGACUUCGCUCCAACUGCAAAGCCUGCAAAUGUUUUCACACAAAGCCUCUGUGCACCGUCUUUAAACCUGUCAGACACUCGCAUGACUGUUAAAGAGAUUGUGGAAAAGGAUCUGUGUCCUUUCUAUACUAUUCCCACAACCUCCGUUAUUGGAAGGUGUUUGCCUGAUCUCCAAUUGCUUGGGAGCAUGCCACCGGAUUUUUCCAACAUUCCAGGCUUGCCAACGUCUGUCAACGAAACGACCAGCCUUAUCAAGAACGGCACGGGGGACAUAUUGAACAGCUUCAGCGCCAGGGACAUAGGGGUCAGGAUCUUUGAGGAUUUUGCGUCAUCAUGGCCCUGGAUCCUCGCUGGUCUGGCAAUAGCCAUGGUGCUCAGUCUGUUGUUCCUGCUCCUGCUGAGAUUUACUGCUGGCGUGAUGGUGUGGGUCCUGAUUGCAGCUGUCCUCUGCACCGGGGCAUAUGGGAUUUGGCACUGCUACUGGGAGUAUGCGAACUACAAGAACCUCUCUGCUUCCAUUACCGACAUUGGUUUCACCACCAACUUCAGCUUUUACCUAAAAGUGCAAGAAACUUGGUUAGCUUUCUUGAUCAUCCUCUCUGUGGUGGAAGCCAUCCUGAUCUUACUCCUCAUCUUCCUCCGAAACAGAAUCGUCAUCGCCAUUGCGCUCAUCCAAGAGUCCAGCAAGGCCAUCGGUCAAAUGAUGAGCACCUUGUUCUAUCCUCUGUUGACAUUUGUUCUCCUCUUGGUUUGCGUGGCCUACUGGGGUAGCACUGCGUUGUAUUUAGCCACUUCGGGAGGAGCAUCCUACAAAGUGGUGGCUCUCAACUCCAGUAUAAGUGAGUGCCAGCGCAUCAACGGCACCGUGGACUGCGACCCUCAGUCCUUCAACGCAUCCGAUUACCCAACCUGCCCUUCGGCUGCGUGCAUCUUUGUCAAUUACAACACCGAGGGGCUCUUCCAGAGGAACCUUUUCAACCUUCAGAUCUACAAUGUGGUGGCCUUUCUCUGGUGCAUCAACUUUGUCAUCGCUCUGGGCCAGUGCACCCUGGCUGGUGCCUUUGCCGCCUACUACUGGGCUUACAAAAAACCCGACGACAUCCCCAUGUUGCCCGUGUGCAGUGCCUUUGUGCGCACACUAAGGUACCAUGUUGGCUCUUUGGCAUUUGGUGCUUUGAUCCUGACCUUGGUGCAGGUUAUAAGAAGCCUCCUCGAAUACAUUGACCACAAAACCAGAGCGGCUCAGAACCCCGUUGCACGUUUUAUUCUGUGCUGCAUGAAGUGCUGUUUCUGGUGCCUGGAGAAGUGCAUCAAGUUUCUCAAUAGAAAUGCAUACAUCAUGAUUGCUGUUUAUGGAAAAAACUUCUGUACCUCAGCCAAGAAUGCUUUCUUUCUGAUCAUGAGAAACAUAAUAAGAGCCGUCAUACUCGAUAAAGUGACCGACCUGUUGCUGUUCUUUGGGAAAUUCCUCGUAGUGGGCGGAGUAGGCGUAUUGGCCUUCUUCUUCUUCUCUGGCCGAAUUCCUCUUCCGCACAGCACAGCGCAGUCAGAAACCCUCAACUACUACUGGACGCCAAUCAUUACGGUAGUGUUUGGUAGCUACCUCAUCGCUCACGGAUUCUUCAGUGUGUACAGCAUGUGUGUCGACACACUCUUCCUCUGCUUCUUGGAAGACUUGGAACGCAAUGAUGGCUCUCUGGAGAAGCCAUACUUCAUGUCCAAAAAUCUCAUGAAGAUUUUGAACAAAUCCAACAAGAUCCCCCAAAAAAAGAAGUGAUAAUGUUAGUCACGGGGAUGAGAAUGGCAAAAACACUGAAAAGUAGCCCGGGGGUCUGGAGGGGCCGAUGAUUGGGGUGUUUACCCCCCAAAAUGCUGAUUUUGCACGUUUGAAUUCUUUUUCAAAGUUGAAAUGUUAAUGUUUUUGACCGAAAUGUUCAAAAGAUUGAGCCCGUUGAUGCGGGUUUUCUUGAUUGACUGCAUCUAUUGUUCAUGCAAGUUGGCUCAGAAAAACGGUUGUGUUAGCCUUAGGAAUAUUUUCCCUGUUGCCAAUAUUAUACAAAGGACCAUCAUUUCUUUUAAUAGAAUAUUUUUUGAUAGUUUUAUAAAUACGCUUGACUGCGUAAAUAUUGUUCAUUUGUAUUAAAAAAGUUUUGUGUCAAAAAAAAAAAAUCUAAA